UGUUAGCGAGUUGCGUUUAAAAGAGAGUGUAGGUCAGUGUGGGUGUAUAUACUGCUGGUAAGCAGACGCACAAGUGAAAGGGUGAUGGCAAGGAGUGGAGGUGAUAUUUAGUGAUCUUUAACAAAUGGCUCUGUCCGAGGUGCACAAUUUGGCUGCAAUUAUCGGCAACAAUGGUUUUAGUGUUAAUAAGAACAACAUGGUCGAACGCAACAUUAGUAUGUUGGAACCACGAAACAAUUAUCCAGUUGACCAAUGCAAUGCAGAAUAUAAUUAUUGGAACUAUGACUUAAUGGAAUAUAACACACAGAAAAAUAUGAAUGUAAAAGACGAAGAUAGUCAGGAUUUAAAUAAUCCUAUGGUCAAUGAUUUGGUCUCUAAAAUUCUUGAUGAUGAUUCGAUUGUUGGUGACAAUGCUCAUAGUAAUAGCUACAAUUGCAAUAUUCAGUAUCAUUCAGAAACACAGUCUUCGAUCAUGGAGAACAACACAGACCUCGAUCUUACAACCAUAGAUCAUUUUAAUAUGCAUUCUACAUUCAACAAAUUACAAAACAGUGUUUCUAAUAACACUAAACUUGAAUGCAAUUAUAACAAUCUUUGUGGAGAACUUAAAACAUUGAGUCUUAAUACAUGCAUGGGACAAGUACCAGACCAAGGAAAUUUAUAUAAUAAUGGGGUUAAUGCAUAUCUAAAUACAUACCCAUCUGAUUCACAGUCAUACAUAUUACGUCCGAAUGAUGAAAAUUCCUGUAUUAGUGGAAGUAUUAUGCCUCUAUGUAAUGAUUUGUUAACAACAAUGAAUGAGACAAAUUCGAGUAAACAGACUACCAACUGGUCAGAAAAUUUGUCGACUACUGGAUGUACGUCAGACUUGUUCGGAAAUUACGAACGUAUACAAAAUUGCACAAACCCGGAUCUCAAUUUUAAUAUAGCUGACCCAAUUACUCUUAACGAACUAGAGUAUCACAAUAAUAUUGGACAAAAUGGAACUUCUAAUACAUAUAAUAAUCCUACGGCUACUAUGCAUGAAUUGUAUAGUAUGACUGCCAAUAAUCAAAGUUACAGACCAAGUUCAGCAAUGACUGAUUUGAGUAUCGAUUCUGGCUUUCUCUCAAAUUCUCCAUUACAACAUUUUUCUCCCGCCGAUACAAAUUUGCAUAAUUGUUUUGGAAAUAAUAUACAACGCAGUAACGCCAGCGACUAUAAAGAUUUACAAGAUUCGGGUAGAUUAAGCAUGGCUAAUAUCUCUAUACCAAACGAACAAUUUCAAUUUCUGCAGCAACAAGCUCGUAGUUAUAAAUUGGAACAAGCUGUGGACCAAGAAUACAAACAACUAAUUGACUAUUAUCCAGGUAUAAAUGACUUCACCGCAUCGUCAAUCAAUAGCUUAGACACGAAUGAAAAUUGUCUUUCAAAUAACGAUUAUAGAAUCGAUAAUAAUUUAUUGAAAAUUAUCAGUCCAAAAUCAAAGACUAUCGAAACUAAGACAUAUUCGCCGAUUGGUUUUCCAAAAAAUCUAAGUUCUCGUCACACUCAUCAAUCAAUUGCAAAAUAUGGAUACCACAAUUAUCAACAUUACACUGCCAAUAACGGCGAGACUUUGAAAAUGUUACCACAGACUUCUACAUCGUAUCACGAUUUAAAGCAGCCUAAUAGCACUAACGCAUAUAAAAUGAAAGGAUUUGAUCUUACCAAAGAAAUAGCUUUGCCUUCCAUGAGUCAUUUGACCAAUCGAAUUGCAGGGUCUUCGAUGAACAAGGAGAGUUUUAAUUACAUUGUGAAACAACAACAUCAUAUACCCAGAAUACAAAGUACCCCUGGUAUUUCAUCGGCCGAAGUCCUCUUCAAUUCAGGAAUAGUACCAAAUCCAAGUACAGUAAGAUCUGGAGUAUUCCCACCAGUAAUGCCAGUUCCUGUACCGCUUCCAGCUCCGCGUCUAUUUUCUGUACUCUAUGGUGGAGGUUUAAGUCUUAGAAAUGGAAGUGGAGCAGCUAGACGUACAGCUCCUUCGAGUAUACUACAUUUUAGAUUGGAACAAACUUACGAACAAUUUAAACAAUUAGAAAAAGAGCGAAAGAAAUGCGAAGCUGGAUUGGCUGCUCAUUUCCCUGGCAAGAGAGUAACAAGUGCAAACAAUAUACCUAUUCCUCGCCUCCAAGGAAAUCCAUCGCGCGUAGAUCGUUUAAUUGUUGACUAUUUAAGAGAACAUGCACGUGUCAUAACUUUAAUAGCAAAGAUGGAACGACUGCGAGGGACCACUAUGAAUCAACGCGUUCACAAGGCUAUGGAGUAUUGGUUGGAGGCAAUCAAAUUCGUCCAGGAAUGUCGUAAAAGAGAAAUCGCAAAUGCCACUAAACGCCAGAAUGAAAAUCCACCAUAUAUUCUUGUAUAUAAUGGCAAUGAUAUAUUAAGUUUGGCCGCCAGCGUCUACGAAUUGACCAAGGCAUCUCGAUAUGCAAGAACUGGUAUGUAUAAUGCAUUGCAAGCUACGUUACUAUAUGACUUGGACAUAGAAAAAAAAGUAAUCGAAACAUCUAAUGAUCCGGUACUUGUGAUAAAACGUAACGAGAAUCAGGCAGUUACCGAUGUCAGUAAUUAUUCGAAUUGUACCUAGCAAAAUUUCGAAAGCUGCUUUUCCGUUACGUGCGAGAAAACAUAAACCGAGCCCAGCAGCUUUUUAUUUACGUAUUCCGUGUUACGUUUCUGAAAAGCUUUUGCUGGAGUUUAAUCAUAAUUUUAUCGCUGAAGAGAAACAAAAAAUGCCGCCCACUAAUAGCGAAGCAUCCGAUGCGUCGUACGGAAAAAUAAACGCGUACUCACGCCGAGAUAGGAAAUAUCGUAUGCGUGUCUACUUUUUACAAGUUAAUAACGACUCCAUAGUUUUCUACUGUACAUAUUUUUAUCCCUACUAUAAUACAGUCUUGGGAAUGUCAGUUCUGGUAUUUAAUAUUUGUGAUCCAAUCAUCUAUGGUAUAUCGCACUUUCAAGCGAUUUUGCUUGUUACUUCGCUAACAGACUAAACGAGAGAAACUCACAGACGUCGACAUUGUUUAUCUUUCGACAUUGUUUAUCGACGUAUUGUCUUGCGUGUUUCACAAUGCCAAAGAUAAUCGUUUAAAAAUUAACCGAGGUUCCCGAAACUUGUAGAAAAUAAUACGAAGAACAUGAUUGCUCAGACGUACUAAAACAAAACUAAAAGAAUGUUCGCAAGAAUCUCCAAACUAUUACUUGUUUGCGUAUGUGUCAUAGGGUUAGAUGAUAUAGGCUAAAUCUUACCAAUAUAUUUGUUCAGAGUGCUAGGCAGUAAUUUCUUAGACUAGUUCAAUGUGGCCUUCCUUAAAUGUGUAACCCAAGAUGUGUGUCAGGUAGUUGAAUAUCUCGAAACCUUCGAAAUAUUUCGAAUACUCAAGACCGCGAUGGUAACUUAAUCGCAGAUCGGGUGAGCUUUUCAAUCUGUGAACUGUGCGCAGCCUUUCGAUCUGAUCGGUAAUAGAUAAUAUAUAUACAACGCAAAUGAUGUCCACUAUACACUACACGUAAAUCUUUGUUAAAAGAGAACUUUCCUAAGGCAUACUCGCUAACACGCUCAUUCGCAUGAACGUGAUUCGGCGAGUACGUACAACGUAAGGUACAGAGAAUUUUUAACGUGUGCGUACGCGUAACACACGUAACUAUUCCUACAUACUUAUGUGUAUAUGUAUAUGCAUUAUGUGUAUAUAUAUACACAUAAAACGUUCUAGGCAAAUUUGUUAGUUCUACACGGCCGACUUGCAAAGUUCAGCAUUUCCAAUUACUCAGGUUUGAGUAAGCUCUUUCACACAAUGACUAUAUAACCAGCUCAAGAAUUUUAACGUUCCAACGUGUACGACUGUACGAAUCUCUUUAAUUUUUUUGUUCUUUUUCUGUUUUUAAUUUAAGACGCGAUGAAAUCGCGUAUUGUUCGAGUUCCGCGGAAGACAUCGAGAAUCGUUCCCGUAUUCCUACGAAACUAUAGGUAUUCGCACAACGAUAACAAGGUACUCCGAAUUUAAAAAAAAAAACGAAUCUAGUAUCCACGGUAGUAGGAAGAACGAGACAACGAGACUCAAACGCGACGUUUCGGUUGUCUCGAGGUCUAAUUUUCUCGAUACCUACGCUGAAUCGAUCGGCCUGUAUUAUCAUUAUAAUGCUCGUGAAUCGGUUAUCGGUUGUCAAACGUUGGUAAAGCUUUAAUAUAAUCAUCUGUGUAUAUAUCCGUCAACUUCCAUCUGAACUGCAUCGUACGUAGUAAUUCCCGAUCGAUUAAUCCAGGGAAAGGUGUGUUGGUUUAAUUCCUCGAUACUACUAUAUCAAUCGUAGACGAGACAUCGUAGCGAAGUAUUUAAUUUAGUACUAGUAAAUAUUGUGUUAAUCGAAUAGGAAUUUUCUGAUUGUCUUUGCCGCCGACCACAAGCACGUACGAACGUUACACAUUUUGGACAACCUUGUCCCUCUACCGGGACGCGUUUUACAAAAUUGUUAGAGAUUUACAGAGUUUUAUAUUGAUAUUCUAUUUCUCUCUUAUUCGAAAUCGAUUUAUAUCGAUCGACGAUCAUAGUCUUAUCAACUUGGUGCGUUUAAACGUGUAAUCGCGCAUUGGUUUUGCUUUAUCUCAAUCGUUCGACGCGUUGACUGCCACACCAUAUUUCCCUGUCUAGGGAUAUCCUCGACGUUUUGUCAAAUUACAGCGUAACGAAUAGAAGUAUUUAAUAGUCGAACGGAGUACUUGUUUUGUAGUAUUUCUGAUGUCAACGACAUCAGAAAUUUACAUGUUUUAAAGAGCGAUCGCCAUGCCAGUCAACGCGUUAACGAAACAAUUUUUCUACCUAGUCGUAUUGGUAAGGGAGAAAUAAAAUUUGUUGAUUCUAGACGUAGAAGAAAUUUUGGAUGACAAAAGAUAUUAACGUUAGGGAAAUGGCGUUUGCUCGAUUGCGUGGAAUAAAAAGUUACAUCAGCGAACUUUCUAUUAAACGCUACGGAAGAAGGGGGUGACGAUCGCGCUCGGCUGCAAAGACAAUCCUGGAAAAGGACCUGGUACUAAUCAAGUUCUCCAAGAACGCAAGAUAUACAUACAGACUGUUAAUUCGCUUUUACAUAGCGCUUAUGUAAUCAUUGGGGACCAUGUCGAGCAUCGUCUCCGUGUCAACAUACCUUAGGAACUCAUUUUCAUUACACGAAGGAACAUCUUGCAUUUCUUCACCACCUCUUUUCCAUUAGUCUAAUUUCAAAUAUACGCGGUACGUGGUUUAAAUAAGGGAUUCUCGUUUCACGUGUAUUCAGAAUACGCGUCUACGCAAACAAAAGUUACUUCAAAUAACGAAUAAAUCGAUUUUAUCCGAUAUAUUUGUUCUUUGAAUUAUUCAUUAUUCACGAAUCUAUACCAGCGUUCAGUGAAAUUUUAUUCGGAUAACGGAUCAAAAUCAAGAAUAACAUUCUAUUUACAUCGAUGAGUAAACGUAUAUUCGAGUAAGAAAUUGUUUAGUUAAAAAAUUAUUUGCAUAAGUAUUCAUCUGAAAAUUCAUUCAAAUAUUUAUUUAAGAAUGUACAGACAGUACUAAACAUGAAUCAUAACUAUUCAUGAAUGCAUAUUAGAGACGGGUCAAAAGUGACCCAGCAUCGGUUGGACGUAUUAACUACGCGUGCACGCGUAUCUUAAAUACACGUUGAAAUCGUGACCUCCGGUUUAAACUUUUCUUGCGUUAUUCUUCGUUUGCGUCCCUCUACGUCCCCUAUGUUCGUUUCUUACCUUCUCUACAGGAUGAAUGAAAGCAAGCAGCGAGAGAAACACGUGCUGUCUGCGCGACGUUUACUCUUUUCUCUUCUCCCCUCCCUAAUUGAAACAUGUG